UACAUUUCUAUACACAUACAUAUAUACAGUUAUAAUAGAGCUUAGUGAUGGCACUCGUUAACAUGCAACAGAAGCUGCAACAACAACACCAGUCAGACUCUCCUAUAUCAGAGGAUCAAAUCGGCGACCCAAUGUUUAGUAGUACCUUUGUUAGAAGAGAUUUUAAUGAUAGCGGAGUUGCUGGAUGUUCUGAUGGCAAACUCCGUACGAUUUCGACCUCGUCUUGCGCCACGAACAUGUCGACUGAGUCCUACCGCAUCUCUCUCGGCGUAGGGCCUCUGUGGUGGUCCGAUGUCCCUGUCCACCACAGAACAGAUCACGAUAGGGCAUCGCUCUUAACGGGCUACAGCCGUAAGUCUUCGGUCGACUCGGCUGGCGGCAGCUUGUUUGAGGCCAGCUCUCGGGCAUCCUCACCGUCUUCGUCCUCGGUUUGUUCCGAUGCGGAGUCGCAGGACAUACAUUCGAUAUGUUCAGAGGAUGAUUCCCAGGAGGUCUUGCGUCAGAUCUUGCAGCAUGAUCAACCCGUGCAAAUCUCCAUCAAAUUGCACGUUACCGAGGAUAUAUCAACCAACUGGAUGUCGAUCUUGAAUCCGACGAAUAACAUUCUAUAUGUCGCCUUUCCCACUGAGUUGCCACCAGGUGGCUCCAAGCAGACAUUCAUAUCGCUGCUAGAGUUCGCCGAGGAUAAGUUGGAGGUCGACGGCAUUGUGUUGGUUAUGCGCAAGGAUCAGCCGGAAUGUGCACGUCUAAUCGAGGCAUUCCUGUUUAUGGGCUUCGAACCGCUGUCGAGAAAAUCACCGAAGGCACCACCAGCAGCUGUCAACGAUAAUGAACACUACUAUUUCCUUUACACAAUCGAGGAGUAGGAGAAUGGACAUCAAAACGUUGGCAAAGCAAUUUAAAAAAUCAAAACGAUUUACAACACAAACUAAAUAUAAUCUAGCCUCACAAAAUAAC